UUUAUCGCAACAGUGUGCAGAAGGCUGCCCCAAGGCAACACGGCACGGGUUACGGGUUCAAUUCGUAAGCAAGCGGGGCUUUUAUUGUGAAAGCGCUGGCCGGAAGUUUCCGCUUUCUGCAUCCAGCUCAACGCGGCGUUCACAGCCUACGUGCAGUCAGACAUGAGCAGCCCCUGGUAAAGAAAGACGAAGACUCCCCGUCCAUUGAGAACAAGAACAGACCCCUGCUGGAGCCGGCGGAGGUCAUGGUGCUCCUGAAGAGCCUGUGCCUGGCCUUUCUCAUCCCGGCCCUGGUGGCGGCUCAGUAUGAGAAGUACAGCUUCCGAAGUUUCCCCCAGAAGGACAUCAUGCCGCUGGACUCUGCCUACGACUACGCGCUGGAGCAGUACGGGGCGGAAAACUGGCGAGAGAGCAUCAAGUUCCUGGAGCUCAGCCUGCGGCUGCACCGGCUCCUGCGGGACAGCGAGGCUUUCUGCAGCCGCAACUGCAGCUCCGUGAGCCGGGACAACGACACCCUGUUCGCCGACAGCAGCCUCCGCCUCGUCCGCCACAUCCUUCUGAGAGCCGCGUGCCUUAAAAAGUGCAAGGCCGGGUUUCCAGUGUUCAGUCUCGCGUAUCCGCGGAGGGACUUGCUGGAAACUUUCAACCGGAGGGUCCCGUACCGGUACAUGCAGUUUGCGUACUACCAGCUCAAUAACGUGGAGAAGGCGGUGGCAGCAGCCCACACCUUCCUGAAGAAGAACCCAACUGAUGCCUAUCUGACCAAGAACAUGAACUACUACAAGACGCUGUUCGACGUGGAAGAGUACCUCGUCGACCACGAGGAGCAGCCGUAUGAGAGUGUGUUCCUGAAGAGCGUGACGCUCUACAACAGCGGAGACUUCAGCGCCAGUGCCCGGAACAUGGAGCAGGCCAUCACACAGUACUUCGAAAUAUACGGCCUCUGCUCGGCGGGCUGCGAGGGCUCGUACGAGAUCCUGGAGUUCAAAGACUUCUACCCCACACUGGCAGAUCUCUACACUGAUGUGCUGAAAUGCAAGGUGAAAUGCGAGGAGAACCUGACACCCAGCGUUGGCGGCUUCUUUGUGGAGAAGUUUGUCGCCACGAUGUAUCACUACCUCCAGUUUUCCUAUUAUAAAUUGAAUGAUGUAAAGAACGCUGCUCCGUGUGCAGCCAGUUACAUGCUGUUUGACCCCAAGGACCAGGUGAUGCAGCAAAACGUAGCGUACUAUCGUUUCUACAAGGAGCAGUGGGGCCUCGAGGAUGGUGACUUUCUCCCUCGGCCUGAAGCCCUGAGGUAUUUUAACCAGACGACCAAACAGCAGGAGAUGCUGGAGUUUGCACUGAACUACCUACAAACAGACGAUGAGGAUGUGGUUGGUCCAGAAGAAAUGGCCGGCUCUCAUUCAGAGCAACCUGACACUGAGUUUGAGAGGAUGGGAGACUAUGAGGAGUCAUUCCUCGCUGAAUGGUGGCAGGAACCCAAAACGAAGUGGGACACGGGAGAGGUCGUGGACUGACAUGGGACCUCAUCCGUGAGCAGGACGCCUCCUCAUCCGGCUCUGUCCCACCUGUCAUGACAACAUACCAAUGUUGACCCCCCCCCACAGACUGACGACCCCAUCAGUAUUUAGGAGAAGAAGCACAACUCACACACAACUUUCGCCCAGACGAAGAAUAAAAGGAGGAAUUUAACCAUCAUGUCGAUCAGGUUCAGAGAUUGACAUAUUCUGUCUUGGCUGUCAUCAGCCUUUUAAAACUGGAAUUUCCAUAAUGAGUCAUUGGCCCCCAUGCCAAUACUCUUCAAUGACUUUUCUACAGUUUUCAUUUACAGUUUUUAUUUAAUGAGAGCUGAAUGCCUCUGUCCCGUGGUAUAAGGAAUCUUACAGGUAGCUUUCCUUACGCUGAACGAUUUGUCAACUACCGAUUGGGUGGUUGUUAUAAUAAUUUGGUCAUAAUUAAAAUAAUAUUUUAAUAUA